GGCUUUUUCAUUCGAGAAGUGAAAACUAACAAAUACUUCAUUUCAGGGAUUCAUACUGGCUCUGAUUUUACUAUGCCAAGUAAGAAGAAGAAGUACAACGCCAGAUUUCCUCCUGCAAGGGUGAAGAAGAUCAUGCAGACAGAUGAGGAUGUUGGGAAAGUUGCAGCUGCUGUUCCUGUCAUUAUUUCCAGAGCAUUGGAACUUUUUAUUGAAUCAUUGAUUAAGAAAACUAGUGAAACAACACAGUCAAGGAAUGCCAAAACACUGACUGCAACACAUAUAAAACAAACAAUUCAUUCAGAAAGAAAAUUUGACUUUUUACGAGACCUCGUUGCCACAGUUCCUGAUCAUCAAGUAGAAGAUGAAACAGAAUCUUCUACCAACCAUAAAAGAAAUUACACUCCACGACAAAGAAAGGAAAAAGAUAAAACCGUAAAACGAAGAAAAAAGAAGACUUCAUCAGAAAGUUCUGAAGCCGAAGAAGAAGAGGAUGAUGAGAGUACAGAGACAGAUGAGGAGUGCAACAAUGACCCGACACACCUUUAUGAGGCAUCAACAUCUAAAAUGACUCACCAUCCUGCUGCUUUGCUGAAUUCAUCUUCCCAGCCGAUGGCAUUACCACAACCGAUGGCUUCUCCGUUCCCCCAUAUACCACCUGGCUAUAGUUCUCAUAACCAGAAUGUUGACUCAAACAUAGCACAACCGAUUAAUCUAUGCAUUAAGGAAGAGCCAAACAACUUGAAUACCACCAGUGAUCAAGGUCAAAGUUCAAGGAGAGAGCCAGAACAGAGUGCCCCACAUUUUCCCAAUAGUGUGUCUCCUGUGCGAAUACCUGUUGGGGGAGGCCCCUCUCUUCCCUUCUCAGGACUUCCCCCAUUUAAAGCUGUUCCUGGCACCUCUGCUAUGUUGGGCACGACAGGGAGUCUAGCCUCCCUUGCCUCUUUUACGCCCUCGGUCCCAGUUACACAGGAAGACGAUGAUUAUGAUUCAUGAUGGAAAAUGUGAAAGUUGUGUGGAAACUCUUUAUUCAGAACUCUCUCUUGAUUCACAGGAUUUGAUCUUUUGCUAGUGUUCAGAAAAGAAAUGUUUUAGGGUCUGAUGAUUUAAGAAACUGAUGUUUGUUGUUUGGUAAGAAAGACAAUUUUUAAUGUUCUUAUAACUCAAGGAAACUUGUGUUUGAUGUUUUGUGAGAAAGACAGUUUUUUGAAUUCUUACCUGUUAAAGUUUGAUGAGUGAAUAGAUUUAUAAUUAAUAUCUACUGUACCAACAAAGUGCUGUAUACUUGAAAAAUAAACUCUGAAUGUAACAUAAUUACUUACACCAGAUAAGAUAAGAUGAAAUCCCAGCACACUGUUUUAUAUUCUGUUCUUGCUCAUAACAUUAUCAAUUUUUAAAUGAGAUAUGACUUUUCGCCAGAUUAUUUUAAAGGACUUAAAUGUGUGAGUUCCACGAAUUUGAAAUGUGUUCAUCAAAGUGCUCAUUGCAUGAUUUUCUAUUUAAAUCAGUAAGUAAUAAUUUACUGCAUUUGAGGCUGAAAUAUGAAGUCAAGUCGACUUAAAUUUACAAAUACUAAUCAUCCAAUACUGUAAUGUUUUCAAAGUAUAUAUCAAGCUUUUGCAUACUACAGUAAUUAGGAAUGGGAUAUUUGCUUUGAAUUUAAAUCAGAAUUUGUUUCUUUGCUAUAACAAGAACCAGAAUAUAUUAAGCAAUAUUUUAAGGCACUACAAAUCUCCUUAUUAGUUACUGGGAGCUCCCCUAGACCUGGAACCUGUUCUCGAAAACAAAUCUCCUUAUUAGUUACUGGGAGCUCCCCUAGACCUGGAACCUGUUCUCGAAAACAAAUCACCUUAUUAGUUACUGGGAGCUCCCCUAGACCUGGAACCUGUUCUCGAAAACAAAUCUCACAGAUGUUAUUGCUCUAGCUUUAAUUAUAAUUUUGUAUCUUUACAAUAUUUAAAUGUCUUCCUCUGUACAGGAAGACUUAACACUUAUUAUUACACUUGCUGUAUAUUCUCAAUACACCUAAUACCAGUUAACUCUAAUCUCUAAUUACCUGCAUUUGUUUUAAGGGUAACAUAGCAUAUUAAUUUAUCAAGUGGAAAUGAAAAUUCUGAUGUGAUAAAAUAGUUCCAAUUGAAACAAGAUAUUUCUCUGAAGUUUAAAAGUGGAACUGGUCAUGCUAUUUUGUUGAGAUGAUCUUGGUUUAUUAAUCAUACCAGUUUGCAAGAACUAUACUUCAACAUUCAGAUGGUAAACACACAGAGGAAUUUAUUGUUAUGUUGGUGUUCCAACAAUUAUGUCCUCAAAUCCUGUAAUCCUCUACAGGAAUAUCAUUAAGAACCUAAAUGUUACAGAUCUUCAGAUACAAACAGAAUGGGAUUAUGGACAUUUUCCAGAGGCCACGACCAGCCAUAUUAGAGUUAUUUCUCAUAUGAUUAAAAUGAUCACAAUUAAUUUUCAGAAAUAAUUUAUGAUUAGCAUGUGGUGAAUUCUCAUAUUUUAAAUUCUCAGAUUUAAAGUUUUAGAGGUCAGGCUGCUAGGCCUCUAUACCUGUGUGAAUGUCAAUAUUAUGUAUGUAUUGUGGUUCAAUCUCAUUAAAGUUAAAUAAUAGGAUUUUGUAAAACUUGCAGAAUAUUGGUUCUAAGUAAUAGUGUUGUAUAUAUAUUGCAUAUACAUGUAUAUAUCAGGUGUAAGUACCUGAUAGAUGAAUUAUACCCAAUACCAUGGUUAUGUCGUGACACAACCUAUGAAUGUGUAAAUGUUGUUACUUGUUAAGUUUGAUAGAGAUCAACAUGUAAAAGUAUGUACUGUGUUAUGUGUAGACUCCUGAACAGAUGUUGUUUAACAUCUCUUUAACACAUCAUUUUAUUUUUAUUGGCAUAAGGUCAUUUCCACUUUUUAAAACAAAUUUUCUAUGCACAUAUAUACCUAAUAGCAUUUAACUUUUGUUGGACAAAUGGCGACUGUAAAAGCUUAAUUUUUGCACUAGUGUGAUAUUCAGUACUAGUCUGUCCUACAGUUUGCCUCCCAUUUUUCACUGAUGAUUCCAAUUUUUAUAUUUUCACAAAAUUUUUGAAGGGAAAGGUUGUACUUUCACAAGAUAGAAUAGACAACCUUUUUUUCAUAAAUUUUGUCAUCCUUGAAAAAAGCUAAAAUUGAAAUUCCCCCAAAAUAACCAUGGAAAUGCUUAAGUACAAUGUUACUGUCAGGGUUUCAUUUAAAGCAUUUUGUUAUAUAUGAUGUGGUGAAAAAGAGAGAUAUACUUUUAUGUAAAGAAAUUUUUACUAAUACUGGAAAAGGGACAUGAAAAAAGGUUGGUGUUGGCAGUGUGUGAAUUUCUAACAUAAUAUGCCAGUGCUGUAUUUAUGUUAACACUUUCUGUCCCUUUCACAGGAGUACAUAUUAUAAUGAAUGUAACAUAUAUGCUUAAAUGCAUUUACAGCCUUAGAAUCAAAUAGAAUUGAACAGCUUCUGCACAAUUACCCAAGUAUUGUUACUUAACUCAUAUUUAUCCUAAAUUUGUGUGUACAAAGUCAGUCCUGAGAGGUCUUGAUGACAGUACAUUGGUACAUAUGAGUAUGAUGGGUCACUAUGUGACUUUACUACAACAACUCAGUGACUGUUGUGACUUGUGUUAGCGCUAUAUAAACUAGACGAGAGGCCUGUUGUUGUGUUAGUAGAUUGUUACUACAGUGUGUUGUCUUUGUAUCUUUGAUCUCGAUUUCAAUAAAACACUGUAUAUUUUU